UCUUCCGCCCUCACUCAAGAUGGACGCCGGGGAAACUGCGCGUACUCUCCCCUGCAGGGCGCCCGGGAGUCACGUGAGCGACGCCGAGCGCCUGGGAGGAGUCGCGAGGGAGGGCACGUGACGCGCUCGCGGCCGAGGCAGUUGCGACGCAGGAGGCGCGGAGAGAGUUUGCCCCUGACGGUCACAGGCAUGUUUGCAGCAAGGCUGGUGUGCCUUCGGGCCUUCCCGUUCCACAGUCUCCGCCCAGCACUUUCUCAGUUUUCACCUGCCUUGAGGAAUUCCACUCUGAAGACGAAUCAGUGUCUCUUGCAGCCUUAUCGGGGAUAUGCCACCAAAGCCAGGAUGGGUUUCCGCCGGGGGAAACUUGGUCAAGAAAUAAAGGAAGCGGCUUUUGAACCCUCAGUGGAAAGGUUCUUCAAAGCGGAUCAGAUGGGGAGAUGGUUCGUGGCCGGAGGUGCUGUCGUCGGCCUUGGAGCUCUCUGCUAUUAUGGCCUGGGGUUGUCUGACGAGGUUGGAGCCAUCGACAAAGCCGUCAUUUGGCCGCAGUACGUGAAAGACCGAAUCCAUUCCACCUACAUGUAUUUUGCAGGAAGCGUCAGCUUGACGGCACUGUCUGCUGUAAUGGUCAGCAGGACUCCGGCCCUCAUGGGCCUAAUGAUGAGGGGCUCUUGGCUGGCGAUUGGCGCAACCUUUGCAGCGAUGAUCGGGGCUGGGAUGUUGGUCAGAUCAGUAGAUUACGAGGGGAGCCCUGGCAUGAAGCACCUCGCUUGGAUGCUGCAUGCAGGUGUCAUGGGCGCAGUGGUGGCUCCUCUGACUCUCCUGGGCGGCCCCCUGCUCAUCCGAGCUGCUUGGUACACAGCAGGAAUCGUGGGCGGCCUGUCAACCGUAGCCAUGUGCGCCCCGAGCGAGAAGUUUCUGAACAUCGGAGCGCCACUGGGAGUAGGCUUUGGCCUCGUGCUUGCCUCCUCUCUCGGAUCCAUGUUCUUCCCUCCGACAUCUGCCUUGGGGGCUGGCCUGUACUCUGUUUCUGUUUAUGGUGGAUUGGUGCUUUUUAGCCUGUUCCUGCUCUACGAUACCCAGAAGGUUGUAAAGCGUGCAGAGACGCAACCGUUGUACGGUGUACAGAAGUAUGAUCCCAUAAAUGCGUGCAUGGGCAUCUACAUGGACACACUCAACAUCUUCAUCAGAGUGGCCACCAUGCUCGCCACCAGCGGCAAUAGCCGGAGGAAGUAAAUAAACGGCAACUUUCCGGGCCAUCCGACACUUGGGUUUUAUCUGCUUAGUGCAUAAUAUUGAAGAAAAAAAAUGUCAUUGUGUACAAGCAGCAGCUGUUGCGGAGAAGACGGCUCUUCCCAGCAUUUCAACCGAAUCAUGGAGGCGUUUUCGGUGUCAUGUGACUUGAAUCUUAGUUCCCCAUUUCAACUUUUAAAAAAAUAAAAAGUGGAAACUGGAUGACCGCAUUACCGUGCGAUCAGCUUCACCCGAGGUCUGGGAUUUUUGAUACGGGAAAAGAAGUUCAUUGCAGUUCGCACGUAUAUGUCAGUUGUGCUCCCUCCUUUGGAAAAGGGGAAGAUUGAUGGUGUGCUCUAAUCUUUGAACAGCAGCCGGGAGAGGGUUGCCGUAUUCAAACUAGCCAGUGUUCCAGCGGCGGUCAGAUGUGGGCUAAGAAGCUCGUUAAUACAGAACAGGUGACCAGUUUUCACUGAGAUAUGUCAACAGCAGGCAAAUCUACUCCGAUGACUGCAGACAAAGCAGAUUGGCUUCACAAAUUGGGACUCAAAAGGAAAUAAUUGGUGGAAUCCGCUUUAAAUUUCAGCCAAGUAGUAAGGGGGACCAGUGAGCAAGACAAGACAGGUUUGAGUCGCUAUUCCAGCGUGGGCACUUUAAUAAGCGGAGCAAGCCCUUGAUAUCCCGGCACUAAUACUGCAGUCUUACUACAAUAGGAGAGGGGGGGACGUGCUCCUAACAGGGUGUAGCUGAGGGCAAAUAGAUCCGUUUGGGAAUUCCAGGCCUCAUUGUUUUUCUCAAAAGUCAGGCACGACUCAAAUCUGUUUUCGGAUGCUUUCGAUAUACCCAGCUAAGAAGCGUGGGCUUCCUUAACCUGGGCAUUCACAGUUUCUAAAACGUUUUCAUUGCAGCCGGCUUGAUUCUUGAGAAACGCACUUUAAACCUUCGCAGUACCUUCUAGGUUGAGGAAAUUGCGAUGCGGGGGGGUUUCUCAGAUGCGCAGCGAGAGAUUCGGGAAGCGCUGCUCUGUUGCGUCGCAGCAGUUUGGCCUCUUUGUUUUUCCUUUUCACUUGGCUAACUUAGCCGCGCUUGUACCAGUUUUAAAAACAAAUAAAGUCCUAGCCCAGCA